AUGCACGAUAGCAACCAGGAGCUUUGUGAGCCCACGAUUGUGGGUGAUUUCAAGCUUUAUAAUGUGAGUGGUUCUCAGUUUGAGGUGCCGAGGAAGUACACACUGUUGAAGAUACUUGGGACAGGUGCGUACGGCAUUGCCUGCAGUUGCCUCAAUGAGGAGACAAAGGAAAAGGUUUCCGUUAAGAAAUGUCGUGACGUCUUUCGGGAUUUGGAGGACGGCAAACGUGUGCUGCGCGAGAUUGCGAUGAUGCGCUUUUUCCAACAUGAGAAUUUGCUGCACAUCAUGGACAUUUUGCCGCCCAUGAAAAGCUACACUGAGUUUCGGGAUGUGUACAUUGUCACGCCCUUGAAGGACGUGGAUAUGAACGUUGUGUUGCGUUCCAGGCAAGAGCUGACAGGUGCACAUGUGCGGUAUUUUGUGUACCAGAUCCUACGUGGGUUGAAGUAUCUACAUAGCGCCGGCGUUGCCCACCGCGACCUCAAGCCAGCCAACCUUGUCACGGAUAUUACAUGUGAACUGAAAAUUAUUGAUUUUGGUCUUUCGCGGAAUGUCACAAUGCCGUACUAUGAGCUGACGGAUUAUGUCAUCACACGCUGGUACCGCCCACCGGAGCUGCUGCUUGAAAACAAUUAUUACACAACAGCGGUGGAUAUUUGGUCUGUUGGAUGUAUCAUGGCGGAGAUGUACACGCGCAAGCCGGUGCUUCGUGGUCGUAACACGCUGGACCAGCUACGUCUGAUUUGUACUCACAUUGGGAAACCACCGAGUGAGAUGGUCAACAACCCUGAAGCGCUGGACAAACUGCAUGGCCUUCCAGACGGAUCGCUGGAGGUGACUGAACUGGUGCCGGGUUUGACGGACCCGGAGGCAAUUGACAUCCUCACAAAGAUGUGGGAGCUUGACCCAGCCAAGCGUCAGUCAGCGGCGGAGCUGCUUCAGCAUCCCUUUUUGGCGGCCCUGCACGAUGAACAGGAUGAACCCGAGUGCCCAACACUCUUUUCAUGGCCGUAUGAACAAAAGGAAAUGAAUGAUAGUCUUUUGCGACGGGCUUUCUGGGAGGAAAUUUGUGCUUUUAACCCCCAAUUGAAGUCGCAAAUGCCCCCUGCUUCUCCUUAG